UAGCUAAUAUAUCUGUAAGUAAAAGAAAAAAGAGUAAUCCACUAUAUAAUAAAUUAUUCUUCAGACAAUUGAUCAUGAUUAUGAUGAACCACAAUCUUCAAAUAUUAAUCUUCAUGAUAAUAAAUAUGAUAUUGAUUUAGAUUAGUUUAUUAUUAAAGUUAAUUUAUCUAAAAAUCUUUGUUUUAUUUUAGGUAGAGAAUAUUCAAUAUUUCAUUCAACUGUUGCUGAUCUAUUCGAAAUAAUUAAUUUAAAUACUCAUCAAACAUUAAAUGAAUUAACAAAUAUAAAAUUAUUUGAUUCAACAAUACAAAAUGAUACACAAAUACAGUUAUAUCAUCAUCAUAUUUAUCAUCAUUCAAUAUCAGCAUCACCAACAAUAACAACUGUUGAAAAUCUUAAUAAAGAAAAUAUUCGUACACCAUUCUUUUUCAAAAAGAAGAACAUAUACAGAUUUGUUGAUAGUCUUUGUAUUGAAUCUCUUAAAAGUUCAUCUUCUUCUUCUUCUGAACAAUCUCUUGUUCAUUUAACUAAUCAGCAAUCUUUACAACAACAACCAUUAUUUGUUUUAAAUAAUGGUUAUAUGACAAGAAGUACACAAAACUUAACAUCAUCAAAUAUAAAUACAUCAAUCACAACAAAAAAUUUCUCAACGUCAACAACUUAUUGUUGUGUAAAAACAAAUGAUGAAUUUAGUGGAACAACUAAAAGGCAAUAG